AUGGAGGAACAGAGGCUUGUGGUACCCAAAGAAGAAGAGGGAACUGAGAGAGGGGAAGGAGAGCCUCUCGUCGUCCAAGUGAGGACCGUUGAGGACUUUCUGGCCGGGGACGGCCCGUCCCACAUUAAGCCGGAGUCGGAGGAGGAAUCGCACCAACACUGGGACUCGCAGUGGCAGGAGUUCCUGAAAAGGGUGGCAGGGCGUCCCGCACCACCACCUCCCUUGGAGGAAGAUGCCAAGGACUUCCAGGACCCCUUGGGGAGAGUCAAGGAAGGUCCCCAGGAGGAGAGUUCCGGAGGGGCCAGAGGGGAGGCUGUGCUCCAAGGAGAUCCGAACGUCGGUGGGAAAGCGCAUGCGUGUUUGGACUGUGGCAAAAGCUUCAGUGAGAGAGCAUCACUGGUGAAACACAAGAGGACAUACACAGGCGAGAAGCCACACAAGUGCUCUGAUUGUGGAGGCAAUUUUCAGGAAAUGGCCUCUCUUAUUAAACAUGAAGGGACCCACAUGGGCAAGAAGCCUUACGAGUGCUCCAAGUGCUGGAAGAGCUUCCGGACCAGUUCCCAGUUGAAAGCGCACAAGAGGACGCACGCAGGCGAGAAGCCAUAUCAGUGCUUGGACUGCAGGCAGACCUUCAGCCAGAGGUCACGGCUCGUCUUCCACGCGAGGGCCCACACGGGAGAGAGGCCGUACGGCUGCCCUGCCUAUGGGAAGAGCUUCGUUUCUAGCUCACACCUCCAAAAACACAAAGUAGUGCACACGGACGGGAAGCUGCACAAGUGCUCCAACCGUGAGAAAGCUUUUGUAAAAAAUACAACCUUGUGGUCCAUACCAGAGAGAAACUGUACAAAUGCACAAUAUGUGAGCAAAGUUUCUACAGCUCAUCUGAUUUUCAUGGGCACGUGA